CAGCUAACCUGGCAACCCCUGUCCACCGGUUGGUUACUGAGAGGAAGAUGGUGGACUUGACGACAGCAGCGUGCUCUAAACUCCGUCCGAAACACGUUGGAAAAUACUUAUUAUCUCAACCUGGUAUAGGAUAUAGAUUACCGGGGGACAACCAUAGAUAAUAAUAGAUCAUACAGUGUGAAAACCUGUUGAAGAAAGCGACUUUUAUAACAUCUUUUUACUCUUUAUUCCCGAUUUGAAGCGGUUGAGCUGCUGCUGGCUGCUGGUGAAGGACGGCUAGCUACCACACUGUCAACACAAGCUGCUCAUUUUGGGAGCUUCUUUUGUCCAGAUAAACACCUGAGACUAUCCAUCCGUCUGCUGCUGUAACCUUCACACCGACUGUCAUCACCUGUGAGACAGUUAGGACUGGAAACAGGCUAGCUAGCAACAACAUGCCGAGGAGUAAAAAGGGGAAACGUGGCUCCAGCAAGCCGGGCUCUCUUCGUCAAGAGGUUCUUCAGCUGCAGCUGUCGGCUAAAGCCUCGCUGAAAGGUAUGAAGAAUGGGGUGAAGGGAGAGUCGGGUGCCAGCGACGAUGAGCUGACGUCUGAUGUUCUCAGCCACUGCAGCAGUGCCAGUGAAAACACCUCAGUGAUGGAAGAGGGUACAGGAGGAGAGCAGGUGGACGAGCAGACUGCCCAGGAUGAAACAGAAGAUAAACUCAAGCAGUGUAUAGACAACCUGAUGGAUAAGAGCUCUAAGACGCGUCUAGCAGGUCUGGAGUCAUUGAGACAGGCCUUCUCCUCCAGAGUGCUGUACGACUUCCUGACAGAGAGACGCCUAACAAUCAGCGACUGCAUGGAAAGGAGCCUUAAAAAGGGCAGUGCAGAAGAGCAGGCUGCGGCGGCCACCGUCUUCACCCUGCUCUGUAUCCAGCUUGGGGGUGGAGACGAGGCAGAGGAGGGCUUCAAGAUGCUUCGCCCCAUCCUCACCGCCAUCCUGUUAGACAACAGUGCCAGCAUAGCAGCCCGCCAGAGUUGUGCCAGAGCUCUGGGGAUGUGCUGUUAUGUCUCUACCGCUGAAGAAGGAGAGGACUUGAUUAAGUCGUUGGCCCUUCUGGAGACCGUGUUCAUGUCUUCCUACCCAAACAGAGAGGGAACACUGCCGACACCCAAACCAGGCAGUCCAAGCCUCCACACCGCCGCCCUGCAGGCCUGGUCGCUGCUGGUCACCAUCUGUCCCGCAUCUAGACUGACUGUGCUGCUCGACCUUCACCUCCCCAAACUGCAGGCGUGUCUGCAGAGCAGCGACGUCAACUACAGGAUAGCAGUGGGAGAGACCAUCGCCCUGCUGGUGGAGCUGGGACGAGAUAUAGACGAGGAAUUUGAGGUGGAGGACGUUGUAAGUCUGUGUGAAAGUCUGAAGAGUUUAGCAACAGACGGCAACAAGCACCGAGCCAAGAACGACCGGCGGAAACAGCGCUCCAUCUUCAGAGAGGUGCUACAUUACAUAGAGAACGAGGACUUCACCGUGGAGAGGAUCAGGUUUGGACUGGAGGGCGUUUACAUCGACAGCUGGAUGAGGAGAAGAAUCUACGACGCUUUCAAAGAGAUCAUGGAGUCUGGAGUCAGACACCAUCUACAGUUCAACCCUCUACUGAGAGACAUCUUUGGCCUCGGCGCUCCCCUCAUCCUGGACGCUACUGUCAAAGGCAACAAGAUCUCUCGGUUUGAGAAGCAUCUUUUCAACUCCGCUGCCUUCAAGGCCAGGACUAAACAGAUGAACAAAGUCAGGGACAAACGUGCUGACGUCAUGUGAGAGGAGGACGGGGAUGGAGUGAACGGAUGAGUAGGCGGGAGGAACUCCUUGGGCUUUAUUGAGAUGGAUACAAAAGGAUGCCUUCAACACUUCAGCUGUCAGAAACACAAAGACUCAACAAACUCUCAACAGGGCUUUUUUUCACUUGUGCUCUUCACCUGCAAAAUAAAACUUCCGAUUCAAGAUGGCCAACAUUUAGUCUUAGCUCCCACAUGCAAUUUUACUGUUCCUCCUCGCUGGCAUUUUCAUUUCACACAUUUUUGACACAAAAUGGAGUGAAUUGCAACAACAGUUUACCCUUCGCUAAGCCUCGCCACCCAACUGCUACUCCGUCAAGCUGUCAGAGCUACCAUAGAGCCCACACUGUCACUAACUCGCUCCCUGCAUAAAUAUCAAGCUAAUUUUUGGAAAAACAAAAUGCCGAUUUCAGAGAGAAGCAGACAGAAGCUUCUACAAUAUGUGUUUGAAGGAUAUAUCAGGAUGUCAAACGAAAACAGGUUAAAAAGAUAAAGAUAGAAGCUAUAGCCUGCAGAUCUCAGUGUAAAAGUGAACCACCAUCACCUGGCAAUUGAGACAGAAGAUGAUGAAAUCAAUGAUUUGACUAAAAAAAGGUCCACUGGAGUCCGACAUCAGAACUGCGUCCAUAGCAACGGUCUGUUAUACAUAGCAACAGUCUGCUAUAACGAAAUAACAGACCGUAGAACGCUGCGAUUAACCAAUCUGAAUCAACUAUUCAGCAAAGCUGUGUAAUACCGUUAGUUAAUGAUAUGCCAACGUACUCUGCUAAUGUCAACUCCACAGGUUUUUAUGUAGAAACGUAACGUUUUAGAAACGUGUAUCUCCUUUCAACCUCUCCGGGUAACGAGUAUCACUGUUACACAACUAUUUAACCAGGAGUAGCUCGAAAUCCACAAAACCAACCUGAAAAUGAAGAAGGAUUGCAUGAGAGUCUAUGGCGCAGAGACGGAUAGUGGUCUGGUCGAAGCUGACCGAUGCUACACUGUGAUUGGUCUGCGUUUGAGGGGCGGGACUUAGCAAAGGGUCAAUUGCUCACAGUAUUUCCCAAAUAACAGUUCCGAUGCUUCAAAGUGAAUAUCAACUGUAAAACGAUGCUUUUUUUUUUAAUGUGAAAUUGAAACAACUUCAUCACACAGGAGAGUAAAAGAAAUCUUCAGAUAUCAAAAAGUUUAUUUUAUUAAUUUUAUCAGUAGAAAGUAUAGCAUUAAGUGUCAUUGUAAGACACAAACAUUUUGAAGCUUUAAGGUAUAUUUGAGAUCUGUGGAGGCGUCCACAUUACGGUCACUGAAACUUUGGUGCUGAUGGGUAUUAUUUCUGAUACUCAGUUUGAACUGCUGCCUGCUGGCUUGACAGGUCAGUCACCUCUUUUUAAUCCUAAUUAUUCACUUCCACAUAAAGCUGCUUUUUCUGGCCAGUAACCAGUCCUGGUUAAUCUCUGAAGUUUCAUGUUCAAACAUCAGUUUCUGUAACAAAAAGCCAAAAAGAGCCAGGGAAAUAUAUUCUCUCCUCUCCUCUAGGCUAAAUCUUCCUCGUUAUCCCCGCGGUCGUCCUCUGUUGUCCUUUGACACCCAGAGCGGCUACUACUUCAACUGCCAAAACCGGAAACUGACUUUACAAACAAUGCAACCUGAAAUGUGUGUGGUGUUUGCGUGAGUGUUUUAAUUGAAUUUUAUUUAACAUCAUGAAAUAAAACACAUAAACAAGAAGAUGCCUAAUUAAAAAAAAAAAAAAAAAAAAAAAAAUCAAAGAGGUAAUAUUGUCAUCUUUGUAUUCAUAUUUUAUGAGAGGAAAAUAACCAUUUCUGGUGGAUAAUUUACCUUUUAAGUUAUUAAAUGAACAGUACUGUGUGGUUUCUUAAGGAACUCAAUUAAAAAACUGUUUACAUACACAAUGAUGGGAUACUGAUGACAAUAAGAACUUAUAGUUUUUUCAUGUAUAUUUUUAAUGCGGGUUGGUGGGUCAUACAAUCUAUCCAUGUGCAUGUAUUGCAGAUAGACUUUACAUAGGGGUUUAUGGGAAGAUGUGUACUUGAAUCAUUAGAUGCAUUUGAAUGAUUUUCUCUCUGAUUAAAUACAUACAGGCCACCAACCAGAGCUGCUGAUCAGGAGUUUGGUGGUGUUUGUAAUGGUGGUUAAGUGCUUUUGAUUAUACUAAAUUUAACUUAACAGCUGCCUGGGAGUUUCAGUACCUUGGUGAAAACUUCACAGUUUCACAGGCCUCCCAUGUUACAGCUUCACCAAACUGUCUCAUCAGUGGUUCAGGUGGACAGAAGAUGGAUCAAAUGAAAUAAAGACUAUUUAAGCAUG